CAAAUUCGAACUUUCUUGUGUAUCGUGUGCUCGAGCUUCUAAGCCAAGAUCCCCUUGGUCAUCCAUCAAAGUCUUGCUAGAACCUCCUUGAGUGGAGGCAGAUUCAUGACAAGAAUAUCCUUCUCUUCUCCUUGCUAAAUUAGUUUUUCAACAUACAGCAAAUGCCUCAUGAAUGAGUAGAUUUUUCGGAAGAAGCUGAUGAUUUUUGCUGACAAAUUAAACUCAAAUGAGAUUGAAGAUGCAUUAGAUCUGAUCAAGAGUCUAUUAUUUUGUGGUUUAAGCAGAGAUGAAAGGAGGAAAUCAUUAUAGAUGGAGAGGAAGCCAUCUUUCUCUCACUCUAAUUACACUUCUUUUUACAACCAUAUUUCUUUGGGUUUGCGAAAAGAAUCAUUUUGUUACUACUGUACCAUCAGACCAAGAUCAAUUUACAUGGCAUUCAUCAGCAUUUGAUGAAGAAGCUGAAAAUUAUUCCUUUAAAUCUAUAAGGCCAAAGGAGCAUAUAGAAGAAAAAAAUUCUGAAUCAAUAACUGCAGAAGAAACAAAAAGACCAGGUGAAAGGAAUUCAGACACACAAUUAACAAAUUUUACAACCUCAUACAUUCCUGAGAGGAAAGAAAGUGACGAGGAGAGGACUUUCUCAACCAAAAGGAAAGUUUGUAACUAUGCCAAGGGUAGUUGGGUUGCAGACAGCAGGCGUCCUUUGUAUCCUGGAUUUGGAUGUAAACAGUGGUUAUCAGGAAUGUGGGCAUGUCAAUUGAUCCAACGUAAAGAUUUUUCUUAUGAGGGAUAUCGGUGGCAGCCAAAAGAUUGUGAGAUGCCAGAGUUUGAGCGAUCUGCAUUUUUGCGAAGGAUGAGGAACAAAACAAUUGCAUUUGUAGGGGAUUCUUUGGGCAGGCAGCAAUUCCAAUCUAUGAUGUGUAUGGCCAGUGGUGGACAAGUGAUCCGAGAAGUUGAAGAUGUUGGAAGGGACUACGGUCUUGUCAAACUACAUGGACAUGCUCGUCCUGAUGGCUGGGCUUAUCGUUUCCUUGCUACCAAUACCACCAUUUUAUAUUACUGGUCAUCAACACUUGCUGACUUGGUGCCACUUAACAGGUCAGACCCAAAGUCUGAUGUUGCCAUGCAUUUGGACCGUCCACCAGCUUUCAUGAGUAAAUAUCUCCAUCAGUUUGAUGUGUUAGUUCUCAAUACAGGACAUCACUGGAACAGAGGGAAACUGAGAGCUAACCGUUGGGUUGCCUAUGUCAAUGGAAAACCUAAUGAAGAUAAAAGACUUGCAAAUCUGGGGAAUGCCAAGAAUUUUACUGUGUACAGUGUGGCUAGGUGGCUUGACUCUCAGCUCCCAUCCCAUCCCCGACUUAAAGCAUUCUUUCGGACGAUUUCUCCAAGACAUUUCCGCAAUGGGGACUGGAAUACCGGUGGUAGCUGUGAUAAUACCACACCUUUAACCAGAGGAAACAAAGUUGAGCAAGAUAGAUCAAGUGAUGAAAUUGUUGAAUCUGCUGUUAAGGGUACAAGAGUAAAGAUUUUGGAUAUAACCGCUCUUUCGGAACUGAGAGAUGAGGCUCACAUAUCUCGUUACAGUAUCAAGGCAAACCAAGGCGUCAAUGAUUGCUUGCAUUGGUGCCUACCAGGCGUUCCAGACACAUGGAACGAACUUCUUGUUGCACAGGUAUAGUUCCUGCAUUAUAGGUAUUCACGAACGCGAACUCAAUGAUUCGUUAAGCUCAAAACGGACCUGUUUUUGAUAAUCAAUAAUCGUUUAACAACUCAGCUUUCUUAUUGUCUGUAGAAUAGGCUGAGAACAUUGUUCUAAUUCAUUUCAUAUAUAGUUUACAAUUGGGGUCGAUAAAACUUUGAGGCUGCCAGGGUAGGAGCGCUCCAAAUGUUUCAGCUCUACCUGCAUACACUCAAAUUCUAGGAGUCUUUUGGGUUAGUGUAUGUAAAAAUAUAGUUUGUAGUUUCUUUUACUUGAUGAAAGAAAUCAUAGUUCUUCCAAGUUUUUGCUUACAAGAGUUGUUUUGAUCAUAAGGUCGUGGGUUUUCCAUAAUUUUUUAGGGAAAAUAUGCACAAAAUUAUGAUGCAAUUUAUAGAAUUUGGUUCAAAACUUUCUUA